AUGUCCUUGAACCGGUGGAAUACCAUUGACCAUUUCACAAGAUUAGUAUAUACUAAGAAUCCAACAGUAACAGCACAACAAGUGCUCGAUCAAUACGUUCGAAACUUAGUUGAGAUUGCAACCAUAAAGAACAUUGAUCCUGGUGUUUUACAACGCACCCGUGAUCUUCAUAAAAAUAUAAUUAAAACGGAAUAUCUAAAAAUUAUUGGAGAUACCCUGCUGGAAGAAAUACAUGAUGAUGCAAAACAAAGGAAAGGAAAAACUAGCCGAACCCGAAAAAAUUUUCAAAGCGCAACAGAGAAUGAUAUUGAAAAUCGAAAAACUGCUGGGUACAUUAAUAGCUACGAAUUGAAUGACGAAAUCAAUGAAUUCUGGCGGAGUCCCAAUGAACGACAACCUAAUCGGUUUGCCAAGAAACUGCGGAAAUCGGAUGACACAAUAGAAGGAAUGAAAAAAGAGAAAAAAUGGUAUUUGACAUCAGGAAAAUGUGUUGAAGAUGAGUUAUAUGCCUUCGGAAUUCAAUGCCGGUUUGAACACUUGGCACAUUCAUUCAUUAUUGACCCUGAUGAUGAAACUUAUAUUAAAAACAAUAUUUUUACCUCUGAAGAACUAAGCGAAAUCUGUGACACAGAAGCAAAAAACCUUCCAGAAAUGUCGAUUGAAUUAUUAAAGUAUAUCAGCUCUUUUCGAAUGAAAACAACAAAAGAUUUACGCGUAGCACUUGAUGUGCGACAAGAUUGGGAAGGCGAAAACUUUGACAGAAUAAACCAUUUUGAUUUUGACUGGGUGAAAAAUACUAUAUAUAAUUUGUUAUUAGAAUUUGAAUCCGAUACACUGCAACAAAAACAUUUGGAGGCAUGGCAUAAUGUUCAUAUUUGGUCAUUUAUUGAUAAAUGUUUUAAUGAAUUGAAAGGAGUAGAUAUUGCAAGAGGUGAAUCAUGUAGCCUUGCUUCAUCAAAACGUAAAAAUAAUAAGCGGGUAAUUCAAGGAGUCAUAAAGACAACUAGAAAAGCAAUUGGAAGAAGAGGUGAUUUAAUCUUAAGAAAAGGAUCAUAUGAAUAUGGCGCUUCUGAAGUAGGAAAAGAUUAUGAAGGAGACAAUGGAACAAAAUUGCUUAAAGAAAGGGGAUUAAAAAGUUCGAAGAUGCUUAAAGAUAUGAUAGUAGACUUGGGCAAGUUUGUAGAAUGGGAAACAAAUAAAUUGCGUCAAUUUGAGCUAGUUAGUUUCAUUCAUGCUGGUCUCUAUAUGAUUUUAUUACGUAUGGAUGUUCCUGCCGGAUAUAUUUGCAGAGUUACAAGGUCGGAUACCUUACAAGUACCAACCAAUGUCAACCAAUUUGAAAAAGCUCUUAAAUGUUUGGUUUUGACAUGGAAAGCUAAGAUGAUCAUCUGUAAAACAAUUGAUGUUGUUGAAGAAAUGUGUGAUGAUGACAUAUUGGAGGAUUUGCAAGGAGCUGGUACUCGUAAGCAUAAGGAUUUGACCAUUCUUCCUAACUGUGUUAUGACACCACAGAAAAAGCGGAUGGCGAACGUGAUGAACACUUAA